AUGAACGUUUAUUCUGUAUUCAUCUUCGCUAUAUUGGCAAUUUCAUCGGCUUCUGGAAUCUUCCUACCUGGAGGCGGAGGCAAGAAGUGUGGAGGAUAUGGGGGUGGAUAUGGAAGUGGAGUCAUCAUUGGAGCUGAACGUCCAAAGAAAUAA